AUGGUUAUCCGACUUUUAGAUCGAUCUCGAUCUUUACUGGAUUUACCUGAACUAGGUUUUCGGGAAGAUGACAUGGCAUUACUGCAGAAUGCUUUAAAAACGCCAGAGGGAAUGAUUUUAGUGACAGGUCCGACUGGGUCUGGGAAAACAACGACCCUUUAUGGAAUGCUAAAGGCGCUUAGGGCAAAAGAAAUUAAUAUUAUGACCUUAGAAGACCCUGUUGAAUAUAGACUGCCGCUUAUUCGCCAGACAGAAAUUAAUUUGGCGCGGGAGGUCGGUUUUUCUCAAGGGGUAAGGUCUAUUUUGCGCCAAGAUCCAGAUGUUGUCUUUAUUGGCGAAAUUAGAGACGAAGAAACAGCACAAAUGGCAGUGCGGUCUGCUUUAACCGGGCAUCAGGUGUUUGGAACACUGCAUACCAAUAGCGCUUUAGGGGCUUUAACGCGCUUAAAAGACUUAGGGGUUCCAAAGGGGAUGCUUUCAGGCAAUGUUAUUGCACUGAUGUCACAGCGUUUAGUGCGAAAACUAUGCGAGAAAUGUAAAGUGCCACAUCCGCAAGAAAUUGGCUUUCUCCCUCAGGGGUGUGAUGAGUGUUUCCAGAGCGGUUAUAAAGGGAGAGAAGCCAUCGCAGAAAUCCUGCCCUUUGAUGUACACGCAAACGAUUUAUUAGCCUCAAAAGCAACCAUAAAAGAUUUUAGAGAACACUUUUUAGCGCAAGGAGCGAUCUUUUUGAAAGAGCACGCUUGGCAGAAAGUAUGCCAGGGAAUCAACUCUAUAACAGAGGCAGAACGCGUUGUUGGUUCGUUAAGGGGAGAAAGUUAA